AUGAAUGAUCCGGACACACUUCCCGACGAGAUAAGGGAAAAGUUGGCCGAGUUGGACUUGGAAUUGAGCGAAGGGGACAUCACCAAAAAGGGAUACGACAAGAAACGGGAUGCGCUUCUAGCGCCUUUUAGGAAUUUACAAGACACUGCAGCUCUGCAUACAGAACCAUCAACGGCAUCGCCGAAUUCUCGAUCUAAUCGAAGAAAUCAGCGACGAGUGACGAGAGAUGAGGAUAGAUAUCAUUCUGAGAUUCGCGUCGAAGCUGUCCACCAAGCGCUGGCCGAGUAUUCCGACGGUCGAAAGCUCGGCCCACAGCCAGUGAAGCCCCAUCGACGGAACGGAGCAGCGGUCAGCCGUUCGAGUACACAAAAAAACAAACGAGCAACAGCGAACGGCGGUGGGAGGAUGUUGUCAGGUGGGAAAAUUGCUUUCUUCUGGGUUGUUAGAGGGUAA